CCAAUCACAGAUCUCUAGGACAAAAAAGUGAGAGGGACCAUAUAUUAAGCGACACUCUUUCGUUACACGAUCAGAUCGGUCCUCCACACUCGUUUAAUAUUAUUCCGCCAUUAUCUUUGAAAUCUCUUCAUCAUUCAAUGGCGGCCAGAAAGCCAGGAGUGAUCGCUUUGUUCGAUGUCGACGGUACUCUCACUGCUCCAAGGAAGGAAGCUACUCCUGAACUGCUCCAUUUUAUCAGAGAAUUGCGCAAGGUGGUUACUGUUGGAGUCGUUGGUGGAUCUGAUUUAAGCAAGAUUUCUGAGCAGCUUGGCAAAACAGUCACUACCGACUAUGAUUAUUGCUUCUCUGAGAAUGGUCUUGUUGCCCAUAAAGAUGGGAAGCCCAUUGGAAUCCAGAGCCUGAAGCUGCACCUUGGAGAAGAUAAGCUCAAGGAGUUGAUAAAUUUCGCGCUGCACUACAUUGCAGACUUGGAUAUUCCAAUCAAAAGGGGAACAUUUAUAGAAUUUCGAAAUGGAAUGCUUAAUGUGUCACCGAUUGGUCGCAACUGCAGCCAAGAAGAAAGAGACGAGUUCGAGAAAUAUGAUAAGGUUCAAAACAUCCGACCAAAGAUGGUGGCUGAACUUCGUGAGCGGUUUGCGCAUCUUAACCUUACUUUCUCUAUUGGAGGACAGAUUAGCUUCGAUGUCUUCCCUAAAGGUUGGGAUAAGACUUAUUGUUUGCAAUACCUUGAGGAUUUCAGUGAAAUCCAUUUCUUCGGUGACAAAACCUAUGAGGGUGGAAACGAUUAUGAAAUCUAUGAAUCACCAAAAACAAUUGGCCAUUCAGUUACUAGUCCGGAUGAUACAAUGGCAAAAUGCAAGGCUCUGUUCAUGUCUUGAAACAGUAUCCAUCUCAAGAACACUGCCAGAGUUUGACUAUUCUUGGCAAAUUUUCACAACUUUUGAUUAUUUACAUAUCAGAAAUGGAGAGAAGUAUGUGUUUACAUGUGAUUCCAAUAUGUUUGAAUUUUGAUUUAUAAGAAUAAAAUGUUUAGAAAAUGGAUGUUAAAGGUUUGUUUUUACAACAGAUU